AUGGAAGAAGCGCAGGGCGGCCGGCGCACCAGAGCCAAGCCGCGGACUAAACAGGGGAGGGAGACCGCCAGAUUGCCCCCUGCUGAUGGGAGCAAGAAGAAGGAGAGACUCCUCACCAAACCCAGCAAGAAGAGGGGCCACGUCUCCAGCACUCCAUCCACCGCAGAUGAGGCGGAAAAUAUUAAGAGUCAGCCAAUCAUUCCUCCAUCAUCCGAACUGCAAACAACUACCAUAAGUGACUCAAAGGACAAAUCAGAUGAAUCAAAAACCAAGAAAGAGAUUGAAUCGGCAUGUUUAUCUACAAUAACCCAGGAAGGUGUAGUAAAUGAGAGCUUGAGAUGGGAAGGAGUGCUUGAAGAUCCUGUAGCAGAAGAAGAGAGGAUCCACCAAUAUAAAAUCAACAGGCGUAAACGUUACUUGUUAGCUGCCCAAAAGUCCUCCUCUGCUCUUUCAGCAGGACUCGAAAAACAAAUCCAUGCAGAUCAAAAUCAAGAUCCCGGCAUAAAAGAAGACAGUAGGAAUGAAUCAAAUACUGAGAAUGCUGUGAAAUGUACAAGUGACUUAAAGCUGAGAUCUCAUAUGGCACAGUUGCCAUUGCUUAAAAACAUGGUGAAAAAUGGUAUUUAAAUCUAUAUACAUGCUAUCAUGAGAUCUGGUUAGAAGACAAUACAGGAUAGGUCACCAAUAUAACAUCGAUAGGG